ACUGAUUGAACAGGAACAACAGACAGACUAAUGUACGCAGAGUUCGGACAAAACAUCUCAUUUACGUACGCACGUUGGCCUGCUUCAUUCAUCUUUGACUCGGCUGUCUGCUAUCUAGCCAAUCUUGGGUUUCACCCCUAAUUCUCGAACACUGACCAGACCAUCUCACAGGGCAUUGGUUGGUUGGCAGGCCCUCCAUCCAAGAAGCUUCACCUUAUAUACAUACAUCUACUAUGUACAUGGAUUUAGAAGACUUGACACAGCUUCCAUGAUGACAGAGUGAGAGUGCACUUCUGAUACAGACCGUGUUAUUAUUGGGGAGGAGACUAGUAGAAUCCCGAUCAAAAUCCGUGCUGUGGCACAGUGCACGAUGGCCUUGAAUGCGUCCUUGUCCCCUGAAACGCUCCAUUCUCCGGCCGCUCUGCGCAAUCGAGAGCCCAUCGCUCUCACCUUGGCCCCAUACCUGGACCAGAUUCAGGCGGCAACGCCGAAGUCACACCCGACCGACCCGGACAGGGCCAUGGCGGUUAGAGGACGCCUCCUGGAAGUGGCUUCUGGGGGAGGCACUCACGUGGCCUACUUGGCUCGCCGAUAUCCUCAACUCGAUUGGCAACCCACAGAGAGGGAGCCGGAGUUAGUCCGGCGCAUAGAAAACCUCUUGGUCACGGAAGCCUUGUCCAAUGUUGGGGUCCCGUGCGAACUGGACAUCACCCAAGUACCAAGCGACUGGCCUGCUCAAAGCUUUGAUGGGUUGUUGAACCUGAAUAUGGUACAUAUCUCCCCGUGGACGGCUACUUUGGGCUUAAUGGAGGCGGCCCAGCGGCUAUUAAAGCCCGGCGGUCGCUUGUUUUUAUAUGGUCCUUUCGCCGAAAAUGGUCGCCUUACCCCGGAAAGUAAUCGGCGAUUUCACGCCACCUUGCGCCAACAGAACGCCACUUGGGGUAUCCGAGAUAUUCGAGAUCUGGAGGAAGAGGCAGCCAAAGUGGGCUUGGGAUUAGAAGCCCAUCAUGCCAUGCCGGCCAACAAUCGAAUUCUGGUAUUCAAAAAGAUGUAAUAUGAUACAUCUAAGCAGAUUUUAUGCCUCCAUCGCAAAAGGACAGAGCAUAAUGCCCAUGUUUGUCCUCCUUUCUCGUUGAGUCCGUUUCCUGAAUACACCCAUCAUCUCCUAUUUUUGUUGAAGGCAUUUUGAAACAUUUGGCUCAUCAAGAAAGACACUUCUUACCCUCAACCCUCAAAAACAUCAUGCAUAUGAAAGAGUUUGUACGACGGUGCUUGCAAUGCCCGACCUAAUUGCAAAUCAUUGGUCAGUGACAAAAAUUGCUAAUGACUUGUUCCUUGCUAACUAACAUGCACAAUUUAGAAGCCAACAAGUCUGAAAAUAAAUGAAAUUCCAAUAUUGUAAUAUCUUUUGGGUUUGAUUUUCCACGAGCUUUUAAUAACCGCUACAGGGAAUUUAAUCUCCAGUACAAUGAAAAUAAAAAAGGAUACAACUCGUC